AUGACUUCCCUCUUCUCCUGCUUCGGCCCGCGCAAGCCCGCGACGCCGGCCGUCGACGAGAACGGCAACGAAAUCUCUCCCAACGAAAAGCCCGGGUCCUCGCACACCACUCCCAGCGCCCCCGCGGCGCCGCAACGGCCGGCAUGGGAAGCGCUCCUGCCCAAGCCGGCGGCGGACGCGGCGCUCGGCGCGGCCAUCUCGUCCGUGUUUGACAGCAUCGACGCGUACGUCGAAAAAUACUACCGCGACAAGACGUCCGAGGACCUGGACGCCACGCACGAGGCCUGCCUGAUGCUGGUCGGCACGCCGCACCUGCCGUCGUCGCUCAUCGACCUGCUGCAGAGCAACCGCCCCAACCCGCUCGUGUGCCGCCCGACGGCGCUGAUCAAGCACAGCAUCGCCUACAUGGUCCAGCAGGCCAUGACCAUGGACGAGGGCGGCCGCAACUCGCUGCUGCCGCCGUGGAUGACGAGCCUGCCGCAGGCCCUCAAGGGCGCCGAGCACGACGACGAGGCCGCCUUCUCCGAAGCCUUCGCCCACUGGCGCGUCCUCACCGCGCACCUGCAGCCCCCCAACGCGACGACGACGAACCCGCUGGCCAAGCAGUCGCGCACGCAGGCCACGCGCGCCAUCGCCGACCGCAUCACGGGCGCCUUCUCCCCCUGGGAAUCCUUCCCCGGCAGCCCCGAGCAGCGCGCCGACCUCGUCGCCAUCUGCGACGAGGCCGCCGCCGCGGGCGCCCUCGUCUUCGCCCAGCCCGCCGCCUUCGCCUUCGUCUGGACCCCGCAGAAUUUGGGUUUGGAUGAGGAGCCGCGCAAGGUGGCGGUGGUGAAGCCGGGCGUCGUCAAGACGUGUGUGGGUGGGGAUGGCGCGAUGGAGAGGAAGGGCGAGGAGGUGGUGGUGGUGCAUGCGAGGCACGUUCCUUUGACGUUUCCGGAGGGGUUUGUGGCGCAGUGA